UCUCACAUUUUUAAUUUAUCUUUAUUGAGCAGAUGUGGACUAACAAGCGGACAUGAUGCAAUACUGGACAGCUGUUACUCGUUUUAUCCUAAGAUAGAGACGGAAUAACCAUAGGCUAUUCUUUCUCAAUUCGCUUUUAUUUCGGUUUUAUUCCGUGAAUGUGCCCUUUGCCCCUUUAUUUAGCCUACGGACUGAACUGCGCCAUCCUGAAAUCUUUUCUCUUACAGUCUUCAGCUCUCCGUCGUAUGUUCCCCGCAUAUAUCCGAGAUAACAGUUUCUUCAGUUCGUUGUGAGGCGCAUGCAAAAGUUGCGUUAUGAUGUAUGAAAGUUGCAGCGGUCGCACAGCUCUUGCGACUGCUAAUGUGCAUUAGCUAGCGCACUCGAGGUCGCAAACGAGUCCGUCUAAUCAAACUCUGAAGUACAAAACGCUUUAUAGCCGCGGUGGACAGUCUGUAUACUGUGUCGUCGGUUUAAAAUGACAUAGAGGGAAUGAAUGACAUAAGCAGCGUACACACGGAGUGACCGUUUCUGUUUCGACCGCAUCCAACUGAAGCGGCGGUAUUUGUGUGUUCGGUGACACUUUUGACAUUAGCAUCAGUGUCAGCUCGUUUGUCGAUUCGGUUCGGAUUUGAUUAAGCUUUUAUUGUGAUUUGUAUUCGCAUGGCUGGAGGGUAACUUGUACUGGAGUUUUUUUGUUGUUGUUGUUGGAGGGGCGUUUACCGUGUUGAAGCUAGCAGAAGCUUUUUGACGGGUAGAUCACGGGCUGUCGGGAGUUUGACAAGCAGCUUAUGUAAUGCUGGCGAUUCCCCGCUCGACCUCAAAAGACGAAUAACAACGAGUAUUCAGAGCGCGGCUAAGUUUAUUUCGUGACACGACUUGUAUGCGUCGUCAUUACGGCGCAUUUUGUUGCUGCUGUUGAAACACCGUCGAAGCUGCAGCGCGUCUUGUAAAAAUCUAUUUACCAUGCUGGAAGUUAAACGAGAAACUAUUGUGAACACCAUCUAAGCGCAUGAACAGCUUUGGACUCGUAUAGAAAUGCAUUUUUCGUCUUAAAUCUCGUAAAGGACUGAGAUAUGGAUCGUGGACUAAAACGCAGCAGUAACAAUGCUGAGAAUUUAACUUUUGGGGAAUGUAUCGAGAGAGGCCUCGUGCCGGAAAUUGGUGUCAGUGUGCCCGCUUUAAAUGCAUCAAAAGAUUUCUCAAACGGACUGAGCGGUAGUGACGCUCAAAGAAGUCUGUCUAUGGUGGAUCCAUCCUUAAUGGGACGUAACAUACAAGAACCAGAUGCUAAAGUAUUUAAACCAUUCAGAAUGCAGCAGCAGCACCAGCAAAAGGUAAAAGAGCCUCUUGGUCUCAACAUUGGGGAGAACUUUUCACUCUUGGACGAGAGCAUUGCAGACUUAAAUCGUGGUUCUGGCAUCCGGGCACUGGACACUUUUACAAUGAAAAUGGAGGAACUGUCCCCCAUGGAUAAAGAUAGGCUGGAUUUUCCACCCUAUGGCCAACUGGAGAAGGAAAUGGAUGGUCACGAGAGGGUUAUUGGAGACAACACCAUGGACAUCCUAAAGGAUCUGGACUUACCCGACUCACUCACUGACCUGAAUGAGUUCUACGUUGCCGACGAGGCUGCCUUUCUCUCCUCGCUGGCAGUAGAUGAUGCCCUGCUGGGAGAAGGCAACUUGCUGAAGGAUACCAGCUCUGUUGUCACUGGCAACAGUGCAGCCUGCACAAAUGUGAACGGCACAGGGAAACGGCAGCAGAUGGUGGAAGCCAGUGUCAACAUGCCGGUCAUAAAGACGGAGAAAGAGACAGACUUUAUCCAGCUGUGUACACCGGGUGUCAUCAAACAGGAAAGUGAGAGGCGGAGCUACUGUCAGAUGUCAGGGAUGGGUGGGUCUCACGGUGGGCCCACCACGUUGGGAGAUAUGGGCGGCCAGGGAUACCACUAUGGAGCCAACACCACCUCAGCUGUGAGUUUACCAGAUCAGAAACCUCCGUUCGGCCUGUUUCCUCCCCUACCCACCAUGAGUGACGGCUGGGGCAGAGGAAAUGGAUAUGGAGAUUCAUCUGGGAUGCAGAGAGCCAAUGAGACGGCACUUCCGUCUACCUAUCCAUACAGCAGCUCUUUGGCCAGGCCUGAAUUGAGCAGUUCCAGUCCAUCCGGAUCAGUCAAGCCCAGUGGAAACGGCCAUAAGAUCUGCCUGGUGUGCUCAGAUGAGGCCUCUGGAUGUCAUUAUGGUGUGCUCACCUGUGGCAGCUGCAAGGUUUUCUUCAAAAGAGCCGUAGAGGGAUGGAGAGCACGGCAAAACACAGAUGGGCAGCACAACUAUCUUUGCGCCGGAAGAAAUGAUUGCAUCAUCGACAAGAUAAGGAGGAAAAACUGCCCGGCAUGCCGCUUCCGCAAGUGUCUUCAGGCUGGCAUGAAUCUGGAAGCUCGAAAAAACAAGAAACUAAUGCGGUUACGGGGUCAUUCGUCCUCAAGUGAGCAGGCGCCAGCUCUGCCUGAUGAGCGCAUGUGCUCGCUGGUGCCCAAGGCCAUGCCCCAGUUGGUGCCCACCAUGCUGUCCCUGCUCAAAGCCAUUGAGCCAGAGAUCAUUUACUCGGGCUACGACAGCACCAUCCCGGACACGUCCACCCGCCUCAUGACGACACUUAACCGCCUGGGCGGCCGCCAAGUCGUCUCUGCAGUCAAGUGGGCCAAAGCCCUUCCUGGCUUCAGAAACCUGCACUUGGAUGACCAGAUGACGCUGUUGCAGUGCUCCUGGCUCUUCCUCAUGUCCUUCAGCUUGGGCUGGAGAUCCUACCAGCAGUGUGAUGGAGGCAUGCUGUGUUUCGCUCCAGACCUCGUCAUCAAUGAAGAGAGGAUGAAACUGCCCUACAUGAAUGACCAGUGUAACCAGAUGCUGAAGAUUGCCAGUGAGCUGGUCAGGCUGCAGGUAUCCUAUGACGAGUAUCUCUGCAUGAAAGUGCUCCUCCUCCUCAGCACAGUACCAAAGGAUGGCCUUAAAAGCCAAGCUGUGUUUGAUGAAAUCCGCAUGUCGUACAUCAAGGAGCUGGGAAAAGCCAUUGUUAAACGAGAGGAGAACUCCAGCCAGAACUGGCAGAGGUUCUACCAGCUCACUAAGCUUUUGGACUCCAUGCAGGAGAUGGUGGAAGGUCUUCUCAACUUCUGUUUCUACACGUUUGUGAAUAAAUCUCUGAGCGUGGAUUUUCCUGAGAUGUUGGCAGAGAUCAUCAGCCAUCAGCUACCAAAAUUUAAAGACGGGAGUGUCAAGCCUCUUCUGUUCCAUCAGAAAUGACUGCCUUAGAUCAUAACAAUGCCUUAACACCACCCUUCCCUUACCAGCGUUAGUCCAACCUGCCCGCUUGCCCCCAGACAUCCUGAAUGAAUUGAGGGAUACAAUCGCUUCUGCUUGAUUCUCAGAGGAAAGAGGUGAAGUUCGCUCUUCACAAAUGUUUGUGGAGCAGGACAAGGACAAAGCAGAGUCAUGUACUUGGAGCAGACGAAAUAUGACUUUUAGAAAGACAUAUUUUGAGUGAUAUUUUCUCUUUUUUUUGCAUGUACACUGCUGAAAUGUUUACAAAGGUAUAUCAAAAAAGGGAAAUGUGCCUUUUUUGCGCUUUGCGAAUCAAUUUCAGACAUUUCUCAGGCUAACGCAAUGACUUGGCAUACACAAUUUAUGUCGGCGACUCAAGUCUGUUUCUGCUCUUGUCUAAACCUGCCGCGGCGGUUCUCUGUAGGUGGAAGCUCAACGGUCCCCUGAGGUGCUCAAAAUGUUGAAGCAGCCCAUGAAACCUGAGACCCUGUGGAAGUGCCAUGUGAUAAUUCAACUCAAAUCAAGAUCUGUUCCAUGACUGGCAGCAAGUUGUUUCUUUGUUUUUAAAAUAGUUCACCCAAAAAUGAAUAUUCUUCCAGCAUUUACUCUACAUUUACCCUCAUGUUGUUCCAAACUCGUAUGCCUUUCUUUACUCCGUGGAACACAAAAAGGAAAGUUUCUGAAUAAUUUCCUGGUCGCAGUUUUCAAUUAAGCUGCAGUGGAGCUUCAAAAAAUACACACAAGCACCAUAAAUGUAUAAGUGGCUCAUAUACCACUCAUGUUCUGGAUUUCAGGUUUGCUGAAUUCUUACGAUUGCAUGGUGGGAUGAGCAAACCUAAACUGAAGUCUUUAUUCACUGAAAAUGAUCAGGAUGGACUGGAUGGGUUUAUGAAUCGGGAUGGACUGAUCCAAGAUCGGUUCAAUUCAUAAAUCAUUCAUGAGUUUUUGUCAGCCCUCAUUCUCUUCCAUUAUUUUGAAAAGAAAAGAAAAAAAGAAAAAGUUUAUCUGUUCCACGAGAAAAGCAAUUCAUAUGGGAAUACACUGCAAAAAAAAAAAGCUUUUCUUAUUUAGUAUUUUUGCCUUGUUUCCAGUCCAAAUAUCUAAAAAUUCUUUAAAAAAAAUAAACAAAUCAAUAAUAUAUUUUUUUUUUUAAAGUGAGUUUUUGCUUAAAACAAGCAAAAUUAUCUGCUACCAUUUUGAUUUUUUUUUUUUUUUUUUUUUCCAGAAAACAAGAAAAAAUAUCUUAUGUCAUUCUACUUAUCUAGUAAAAGUAUCUGGAUUUAAGAAUAUUUAGAAACAAGACAAAAAUACUAAGAAGCAUUUUUAUUGCAGUGUACCAUGAGGGUGAGAAACAUUUUUUUGUUUCUUUGUUUCGUCAUUAAAAAAAAAAUAAUAAUAAUAAAUAUAUAUAUAUAUAUAUAUAUAUAUAUAUAUAUAUAUAAAUUAAUUUGUUUCAACAUUUCUUAGUUCGAAGAUAUACAAAAAUAACACUGACAAAACAAAAUGAUAGAAUUUUCUUUCUCUUUGGGUGAACUAUUUAACUGAAAUUUAAACGUAUUAUAUUGACAACUAAUUAUUUGAGGUUUUUUAUGUUAAUUAUUAGCUCAGGUUCACGUAAAAUAAAUGAGCAUUACACUUGCAUGCAUUUGGAAAUGAAAAGCUGAUGUAAGUCCUGAAAUCAAUGGAUGAAUUCAGGUUUUUUUUUUUUUUUUGUUAAAAUUCCAUCCAUUCUGGCCAUAUUCAUAUUAGCAUAUCCCAGCAUUCCCCUCCUGUCCACUGCAGUGUGUUCAUGUCUUUCUGUGAAUGUUUGUGCGUGCUUGAAGUGCAUCUCGGACACCUCUAAUUAUUUGUUCAUGCUUUUUAUUUUCUGUCAUCCUUGAAAACCAUUUUAUUUGAAAUGUUUCUGGAAUAUAUUCUGCAUAUUCUAAAUCUGGUAACCCAUAUGAGGCCCACAAGUUCUUCUGACCCACUUUUUUUUCCCUCUCUCUCUGAUGGUAACAUCAGAACAAAAGGAACAUUUGUUGUUCUCGUGCUCGGGUAUGUGUUUGCUCGUUGUUACGUGUCAACCGACAUUCAUGUCUGCGCUUCAGGGUUUCCGCACCAGCUACACUUCAUUACCAGCGUAAAAGAAUAAUUCACCCAAAAUUGAUAAAUGGUUAUUAUUCUGUCAUUAUUUACUCAUCAUCAUGUUGUUCCAAACUCAUGCUGUUAUUUUUCUGUCCCUAUGAACAUUGUAUGGAAGAUUCUUCAUAAUGUCGUCUUUGAACAUACGGGGUCGGAACGACAUGAAGGUGUGUAAAUGAUGACAGAAUUUUAAAUUUGGGGGUGAAAUAUUCCUAAUUCCUAAUCAGAGUUUCCUUAUAUUUUUAAAAUACAUGUUGCGCUUGAGUAUCCUGCACAUUUCUGGAAUUCCCAUUGAGUGUAAAAGAUGAUUAAACAUUUAAACAUUGAACUAACAAUGUUAUUUAAAAAAAAAAAAAAAAAAAAAAUCAACUGAAUUUGGUCAUUUGACAAGAUUCAGCCAUUCAUUUUGCCACUAUGGCCAUGUACAGUAUUAAAACUCUCAUGGUGACCAGAGGGUUAAAGGUUAAUUUCCAGUCACCUGACGUCCUGCCGCGGACAGUAUGUAAUCGAAUCCGGUGUCUGUUGUAGCUUUUGGAGUGUUACCAUGCCACUUAACGCUCAUUUCCAACGGCUUCAUUAAAAUGUACGCAGUAAAUAUCCCAAUCCUCCCGACAGAUUCCUCAAAUAUUUUAGCGUAUUAUAUGAGACUAUUUUUUUACAAAUUCCUCGCUAGGUUUGUGAGAUGUCACGUUUUCUAAUUGUUUCACAAUAGGCCUUGCAAAAGGAGUUUGUGAGCCAUAAACCAUAGGUUCUAUAAAUUAAAAAAAAAUGCUGAAAUGUCUAAAAAAAAAAAAAAUUAUUUUGUUUGGUAAUCAUUGAUCAUUUUUAAAAGUAACUAAAGCUAAAAUAUAAUUACGCAUAUACUCUUUGAUAUACACAUCAUUUUACAACAAAAUUUUAAUACAUAAAGUUGUAUUGCUAUCUUUUUUGUCAAGAACUGUAUUGCAGGUGCACUUUUGAAAAAGUGUUAUAUGUAAAUGUAAAUUCUAUAAAUCUAUAGGGAAUAUAUGAGUCACUGAAUCACUGUUUUAAAGAAUGACUGCUUGAAGUUAGACGUCGGGGAUGCGAGUGUAGUUUGAAUAGUGCAACAGAGUGACCAAAGCAACGCAGAUUUAAAAAAAAAAAGAAAAAAAGAAAAAAAAAAAGAAAGAAAAUAUUUAAAGCAGUUACAUUUUACAGUAGCACUUACUACCCAACUCUAGUACUUUAUUUUAUCCUUUUCUAUUUCUUUUAUAAAGAUUUAGGCUUUGGUCUCAUACAUAAUGCUGUAAAAUUAACUAGUAAAAAAAUUUAUAAAAAUAAAAUAAAUAAAGCUGUGUGUAAAGUAAUGUAUCAGAGCCUGAGAAUUUGCACUACCCUAAUACUUGCUUGACAUAGUAUAUUUUGUACAAAAAUUCAUGCAAAUACUAUCUUUAAAGAUUAAGGGCAAAUCAUAUUUCACUGGUAUAUGGCUUUCAUUAAAGUCUUUUUUUUUUUUUUUUUUGCAUUUCAGUUAUAUGUAAAAGUAAUCCGAUGUAAAAGAUAUAAAAUGUCUGUUUGUUUGAAAAAAUAGUUUUGUAUGAUUUCUGUAUUACACCUCUCCUGUAGUCAAUGUCAAUCUUUACACAUAUUUGAUUAAAUGUUGGAUAAAAUUUG